AUGUCAGCCUCUGGGAAAGCUCACGUAGAUGAGCACUCCCAGAAUGUCUGCCACAAGAUUUCAUGGCCCCAGGCUAAUAGACCUCCCACCAUAAUUGCUACAAGCCUCACCACAUCAAUCCCUCCUUCUUCCACAGUGGCUGCAGGCAAUUCAAUAUCAAACACUCCUCCUUCUUCCACAGGGGCUGCCGGCACCACGGCAUCGAGCCCUCCUCCUCCCACCACGGGGGCUGCCGGCACCACGGCAUCGAGCCCUCCUCCUCCCAUCACGGGGGCUGCGGGCACCACAGCAUCGAGCCCUCCUACUCCCUCCACGGGGGCUCAGAGCACCACGGCGGCUACAGUCACGCCGGCAUCGAGCCCACCUACACCCUCUACAGGUCCCACCAACCCUUGCCAAGAGGAUUCCUGUAAGGGUGGUUCUUCGUGUGUGAGUCUGAAUGAUACAUUUUUCUGCCUGUGUCCAGAAGGGCAAUACUAUAACUCUUCCACAUGCAGUAAAGGAAAGAUAUUCCCUGGUACAAUUACAUUCAAAACAUCAAAUAUAGAGGACUUGAAAGAUGAAAAUUCUGUGGCCUAUCAAAAAUUACAUUUUGAAAUUACUGAAUUUUUUAAAAAGGCAUUUAACAAUUCUGAUUACGGACAGACUGUAAUUGUUAAAAUAAGCACGACAUCUGCAGCAAGAUCUGAAUUGCGUGCUGGUGACAAGGAUGUUGACGUAGAAGUAGUAAACAUCUUUAAGGAAACUACAGAACUAAAUGAGACUACAGUAUCUAAUGCAAUUACAAAAGCAAUUGAAGACAAUGCAGAUGUCUUUACAGGAUAUACUGAGCAAGACCGGUGUGACUACUAUGGUUGUGAGAAGAAGAAUGACCAGGACAACUGCUCCAGUGGUUUACUGUGUCAGUGCAAACAGGGGCUGGUGAGGCCCAACCCGCAGGUCCCCAUGUGUGUCGCCUUCGGUCCAACCUGCGAUGACACCUGCAACGCAGAGAACAAGCGGCAAUGUUUAGUGAGGAGCAGCACGAGCGCGGACUGCGUGUGCCUGCCGGGCUACCGGGAGGACAGUCAUGGGGCCUGUCAACCGUGUGCAUUUGGCUACAGCGGAGUCGGCUGUAAAGACAAUAUUUACCUGAUCAUCACCAUUGUGGGCAUCAUUGCUGGCAUCCUCAUCCUCGGUUUGCUGAUAGCAUUGGUCAUCUCAAUGAGUUCAAAGAGCAAAAAGAAGAAUGUGGAAGAACAGAACCUGAUUGAGAACGACUUUCACAGUCUGAGACUUUAUGAGACUACUGGCUUUAGCAACCUAGGAGCAGAUGGGAACAUCUUCCCUAAAGUCAGGGUGAACCUCCCAAAAGACGGUAGUGCUCGGAAUCCCUAUUCGAACUAGGGUUGUAUACCCAACCCCGAC